CUGUAUAUUCAUGAUCAGCUGGGUCUCAAGCAUUCAUUAUUGUGAGUGUACACGAAGAUCGUGGAGAGUCAAUUCGGAGCCGUUUGCAACAACUCGGACUGACGUAUGGAUCGACAUUGAUUUUAAAUACAGCUUGUGCAAGAACUGAAGCCGCUCGACUUUCCCAAGCGACAUCACUUAACUCUAUGGGCUCUUGAAAAGUUCCAAGAAGAUCCGACAGACGUUUUCGAGCCAAAUGUAGUUUAGCAAUGUGGCCCAUUUCUGGCUCAAUGGGUAUGUAAACAAAGAAAAUUGCCGCAUUUGGGACGAAGAGCACCCUGAAGAGAUUCAAGAGCUGCCAUUUCAUCCAGAAAAAACAACGGUUUGGUGUGGUUUGUGGGACGUUAGAAUCAUCGGUCCAUAUUUCUUCAAAAAUGAUGCCGGGGAGAACGUAACCGUCAAUGCUGACCGAUAUCGCGAAUUGGCCGUUCCCACGACAGUCGGUCCACAUAGCCGGAACGGACCGGAAUUUUUAUCCGGCAAAGGACUGUCAACUCGACAGAAUUCUUCCGCUACAACAACAACAACCGUUAUCGCACCACUAUAACCGAAUAUUCGAUGCCUGAAACUUGCUCCACUUCCCACACAACGCAUCAAUCAAUGGAUUUAUUGAGAGAAUACUUCGGUGAGCGGAUAUUUUCACGUUUUGGGCCGGUCGAUUGGCCACCAAGAUCGUGUGAUAUUACACCGUUAGACUUUUUCCUGUGAUGAUAUGAAAAGUUUAAAGUCUAUGCUUUGAUUCAGGCCUUGAAGCAAAACAUCACGCAUGUGUCAUUCGCCAUUUACCAGUCGAAAUGCUCGAAUGAGUCAUCGAAAAUUGGACUCAACGGAUGGACCAUCUGAGACGUAGCCGCGGCCAACAUUUGAAAAAGAUAUCCUUCAAAAAAUAAAUGCCAAAGAAUGUUCUUUCGAAUGAUAAUAAACAUUCCCUAUUAAAUUUGUCAUACCUAAAAACAAAUAACCGGUUUUUUUUUGACAUUAUGGAUACAGACACUUCUUUCGUAAGAGAAAGCACGCUCCGUAUCGAAACAACCUUAUAUAAUUGAAUGAUGUAUCCGAACAGUAUUAUUCAAACUUCAAUAUAGACAGCAUAAAUUAGUUUGUCAUAACAAAUUAGAGCAUUCCAUUAUCAAUCCACAUGAAUCGUUCAGAACUUGAUUACUAUGCAGUAUUAAAUGUUCCUCAUGAUGCGCCCAAGGAAAAUAUAACGCUGGCGUAUCGCAAAUUGGCCAUACAGCUGUGUCCCCAUCGCGAUCCAAAGUAUGAGCGUGACUUCGUUCCUCUUUUGGGACCAACACACAUGGAACCGUUGUCAUCUUAUCGCCAAUGGGAAUAUAUUAACAUGGCCUAUGAUGUUUUGGGAAACGAUUUGUAUCGGGCCAUCUACGAUCGUUUCGGUGAGGUUGGUCUCUUUCAGGGCAUUCAAUUGCCUAACGGUUACUUUCCGCCUUAUCAAUAUCAUGGGGAUCAUAUGAAAGUAUAUCAUGCCGUUUUUGGCAGCUACUCGCCUUACGCAAAUAUCAUCGACGUCGUUACAAACCCACCUUUGCUCUAUUCUACAUUGGAACAUGGCAUUGGAGUACGUAAGAAAGACCCGCCGGUAGAGAAAAUUAUUUAUUUGGAGUUAGAAGAAGUAUUCAAAGGCUGUACGAAAUUAAUGCAUGUCUGGCGGCAAGAGUUCAUUGACACGAAGGAAACACGCACAGAGAAAAGGAAGAAAACUCUUAAACUCAAGAUACUACCAGGCACCACCCAAGGCACACGAUUUUGCUUCAAUGAGGAGGGUGACCGCUGUCCCACGAAAAUCCCAGCAGAUAUUAUAUUUAUAACAGCUGAUAAACCACAUCCUCUAUUCGAACGUAGCCACCAUCAUGAUUUAGUCUAUACCCAUAACAUAACUUUAAAGGACGCACUUGUUGGCUUUAGCUUCACAAUUAGAACAUUAGAUAAGCGUGCUCUGAAAAUAAACGUUUCCGAUGUGGUAUAUCCUGGCUAUAUGAAAACUAUGCCAAAGGAGGGACUUCCAGUAUGUGAAAAUUUACCAAUCGCUCCUGACAUGAGACCUGCUGGGUUGAAGAAAAAGAAAUUCGGAGAUCUGAUAAUAAAGUUUCAAGUCGAAUAUCCGACAAUAAUGACAAAUAAAAUGCGGAAUAUAACUAAGGAAUUCUUCGCUGAAUUAGAAGAAUUGGAAGAAGAAGCUGAAGAUGCUCCACACCCCAUUCAUAGCCUUAUGCAAAAGAGAGGAACUAGAGGCAAACACUAAGCUGAGAAGCCGAGAGUAAUCACCCAUUGAACAAAUACUUGAACAUAAACGAUGUUUUCGAAAUUUGUAUUUUUAUUAUUUCAUUUAAAUUCAUACAUAUACCUCGAAUUCGUGACGAGUUUGUUUGUAUUUUGACAUUUGGAAGAAAUAUUUAAAAGAAAAGAUUAAUUAAAAUACUUGUAUAUUGUCGGAAAAAUUCCUAUAUUUGAAAUCAGUGUUGUGUGAACUUCAAGGAUGUUACGCAGUUCUUGGAAACCUGAAUUUAUAUUUAUAGUUAUAUAUAUACCUAUGUACAUAAAUCACAAAUUUUAUAAUUGUUACGAUGUUUAUCGAAAAAAAUUUAUUCGGAAAUAAAAACAAAACUAAACGCAGUCAAAUAAUAUACCGCUAAGAAGGAUUGCGAACUUUCUUUAUUUAAAAAUAUUAAAUUAAAAAUUAUAUUUUCAGUUUUUAAUCUCAACAUCUUA